AUGCAGAUCACAGCUUUUCAGACUCCAAGACCGGAAUUUCUUAUGAAAGAUCUUUAUACAUUCGAUGCUACUACUGAACAAGCGCUUCAGACAUACCAGACAGUACGGGAAACCUAUAAUGCUUUCUUCAGCGAGUUCAAGAUACCUUUCUUGACGGCCAAAGCCUCUUCUGGCGAGAUUGGAGGCAAUCUCAGCCAUGAGUACCACUUUCUAUCGAAGAAGGGAGACGACAAUCUUGUUUGUUGUAGCUCUUGCGACUACGUCGCUAAUGAAGAAGUUGCGGAAAGCAGGAUCACUCGAGUUCACAGACAUCCCAAAAGCGCGGACGAGGAAGGAUUCACGCCCCAAGGAAUGGAAAGCUCUAGCUGGAAGCAGUGGAACCCCGAAUCUCAGGCAGAUGAUAAGGAGAACCAAUGGCUUGGUAUCAGCCAGGAUCGCAGCACCCUAGUAUACGCGUCCCUACCACAGGAGGUCGAAAUCCGAGCAGUAGCUGGUAAACGGUACCGGAAGGCUGAGAUCAACCCCUACGCAAUGAAAAGGGUAUUCCCGGAGCUCGAUCUAGGCGUCGAAGACCCGUUGGCAGUUUUCAACGCUGAACGAAUUCUCGGUACCACUAAAGACAAAAACCGAAAAGAAGCUCGCGUCUUACGAGUGGUCGACAUGCGAUAUUAUUUGCAGCAACCUCCCCCGGUUUGCCCCAAUCCACCUCCAACUCUUAUUGAAGGCGUGGAAUUUCUUGUGCAGGACUGGUGUGCUGAAGCAGACAAGGUGGUCGAUCUUGUCAGAAUUGAUACUGGCGACCUCUGCCCAAAUUGUGACGAUGGCAGUCUGAAAGUUGAAAGUGCUGUAGAGCUUGGCCAUACGUUCCACCUCGGUACCCGAUACAGCGCGCCUUUGGAAGCUACGAUCGAUGCAGAUCUUUCACAGAAAGAUCGACAGCGGGAAGUCUCCAAUAUCCCAGGUCAAUCUGUCACAGUACAGAUGGGCUGCCAUGGAAUUGGUGUCUCCCGCUUAAUCGCAGCAGUAGCCGACUCCCUCGCAGAUUCCAAAGGCCUCAAUUGGCCACGAGUCAUGGCACCUUUCGAAACAAUUAUCAUCCCAACCAAAGGCUCGGAGAGCGAAACUGCUAAUGUCUACGAUCUGCUCACUACUAACAAGGGCCAACGUUCCCAGGAACCAAUUGACGCUAUCUUGGAUGAUCGGAAGAGAGACUUUGGCUGGAAGAUCAAGGAUGCGGAUAUGAUCGGCUAUCCUAUAAUCGUCAUUCUAGGCAGAGACUGGAAGAGAGAAGGAAAAUGUGAGGUACAGUGCCGAAGGUUGAAUAUCAAGGUGUUGGUAUCUGCCGACGAUCUAAAGGCUUUUGUUGCGGGGCUGUUGCAGCACCUCUGA